AUGCAGUGUGGUUCAGCACUCUUAAAGGCACGUUGUGAAGAAAUUACAACAGAGAUUGCAAAGGUGGUCAAAGGAAUGUUUCUCCUUGCACAGCUUUAUUUCGAAACCAUUAAGACUAAAGAAAGAUUAAAGCAGUUUAAAAAUACCCUGGAAAAAUUACCUACCGGGCAGAAAGCAUAUGAUUUUGCUUACGAAGAGGCUAUAUGGAGAAUCAAGGGCCUGGAUCCAGAUUCCAAGGAGCUAGCAUGGCUGGUUCUAUCAUGGAUUACCUGCGCAAAAAGACCAUUUGCUACAAAGGAGCUUCAGCAUGUACUUGCAGUAGAAGUAGGUAAGGCUGAAUUAGAUGAAGAAAAUUUCGUUGAGAUUGAAGAUAUGGUCUCGGAAUUUGAGGAGCGAUUGCAAUUAUUUCCGUUCUAUAGCUAUGCUGCGCACAGCUGGGGGUACUAUCCUCCUAAGGAUGAAGCGGGUUAAGAAGUUAU